CUCGGGUGUUCCGCCUGGCUUCAGCCGAAGGCAGAAAGCGGCCGUCGUCCUUGAUUCGGCAAGACAUCACAGGUAAUGGUCGAGUGCAGAGGUGGGAUGAUGGCCAGCACCCCUCGAACAAACCCAAGCAAGUCAUCAAUGUCAACCGCGGCAGGAAAAUGAGUCCAAAACUGUACGACCUGUCGCUUGACGGUUCGAAAAAUCGGCCUUUGACUUUUGCACCGUUGUUACAUUCCAUUGAUACUAUUCGGACGUAGGGGUGAGCCUUUC